AAGAAGAAGCACAGCGGAGGAGAGAGGCAGGCCCAGCACACUCAACCUUUGCUACCAUGGGGAACUGGGCUGUGAAUGAAGGACUCUCCAUCUUUGUCAUUCUGGUGUGGUUGGGGUUGAAUGUCUUCCUCUUUGUCCAUUACUACAAGGUUUAUGAUGAUGGGCCUAAGUACUAUUAUACUCGAAAACUCCUUGGGUCAGCACUGGCUCUGGCCAGGGCACCUGCAGCCUGCCUGAAUUUCAACUGCAUGCUGAUCCUGCUGCCAGUGUGUCGAAAUCUGCUCUCCUUCCUCAGGGGUUCCAGUGCGUGUUGCUCAACGAGAAUUCGAAGACAACUGGAUCGGAACCUCACUUUCCAUAAAAUGGUAGCAUGGAUGAUAGCACUUCACACUGCAAUCCACACCAUUGCACAUCUGUUCAAUGUGGAGUGGUGUGUCAAUGCAAGAGUCAACAAUUCUGACCCAUAUUCGGUCGCACUCUCUAAAAUUGGUGACAAGGACAAUGAAGAGUAUCUCAAUUUUGCUAGAGAAAAAAUCAAGAACCCUGAAGGGGGCCUGUACGUGGCUGUGACUCGGUUGGCUGGCAUCACAGGAAUUGUCAUCACACUGUGUCUCAUAUUAAUUAUCACAUCCUCUACCAAAACCAUCCGGAGGUCUUACUUUGAAGUGUUCUGGUAUACACACCAUCUCUUUGUGAUCUUCUUCAUUGGCCUUGCCAUCCAUGGAGCUGAACGAAUUGUACGUGGACAGACUAAAGAGAGUUUGGAAAAACAUAAUAUAAAGUUAUGUGACAAACAAAUCUCACAAUGGGGAACAAUACCAGAAUGCCCAGUACCAAAGUUCUCUGGAAACCCUCCUAUGACUUGGAAAUGGAUAGUGGGCCCCAUGUUCCUGUAUCUCUGUGAGAGGCUGGUCCGGUUUUGGCGAUCUCAACAGAAGGUGGUCAUCACCAAGGUGGUCACUCACCCUUUCAAAACCAUUGAGCUUCAGAUGAAGAAGAAGGGGUUCAAGAUGGAGGUAGGACAGUACAUUUUUGUCAAGUGCCCCAAGGUAUCCAAGCUGGAAUGGCACCCAUUCACCCUGACCUCUGCUCCUGAGGAAGACUUUUUUAGCAUCCAUAUCCGUAUAGUGGGAGACUGGACAGAAGGACUAUUCAAUGCCUGUGGUUGUGAUAAGCAAGAGUUCCAAGAUGCCUGGAAACUACCUAAGAUAGCAGUCGAUGGGCCCUUUGGCACAGCCAGUGAAGAUGUGUUCAGCUAUGAAGUGGUAAUGCUGGUGGGAGCAGGGAUUGGAGUCACGCCUUUCGCCUCCAUUCUCAAGUCUGUCUGGUACAAAUAUUGCAAUAAUGCCACAAAUCUGAGGCUCAAAAAGAUCUACUUCUACUGGCUGUGCAGGGACACGCAUGCCUUUGAGUGGUUUGCAGACCUGCUGCAGCUGCUGGAGACCCAGAUGCAGGAAAGGAACAAUGCUGACUUCCUCAGCUACAACAUCUACCUUACUGGUUGGGAUGAGUCUCAGGCCAAUCACUUUGCUGUACACCAUGAUGAGGAGAAAGAUGUGAUCACAGGCCUAAAACAAAAGACUCUGUAUGGACGGCCCAACUGGGAUAAUGAAUUCAAGACAAUUGCAAGUCAACACCCUAACACCAGAAUAGGCGUUUUCCUCUGUGGCCCUGAAGCCUUGGCUAACACCCUCAACAAACAGAGCAUCUCCAACUCUGAGUCUGGCCCUCGUGGAGUCCAUUUUAUUUUCAACAAGGAAAACUUCUAACUCACUCUGUCAUGAAGAAACAAGUGUCUGCUGCCAAAUGCCCCAGUAUUGCUGGUUGAAUGUAUGCAUUCCAUCCUCUGAAGAAAGGAGGAGGAAACUAUAAUGUCACAGCCCUCUAAAAAGAAUUCUGAAGAUUGCUUGCUAGUGAUAGGUCACAUUUGCAUGGAGCUUCAUGGCUUUCAAGGCACUUUUCCAAACAUUGUUAUGUUGCUUUAUUUCAUAUUUCCCUCUGUCAUGCCAGAAAGGAGUAAGGCAAGAAUUGUCUGGCACUCAUUUUAGGAGAAACAAUGGGAGCUUGAAUAAUUUCAGCACCAUCCUUCAGAUUCAGAAGCUGAAGCCAGAUCUAUGCCAUCUGACUCCAAGUGUGGUAAUCUUACCCUAUUUAAUACUAGGCUGUCUCAAGAAUCAGUUUUUAUACCCUCCCCUAACAGGAGAACAAUCAAAGAGUAGCUCAUCAUUCUUCAUUUUUGUUUCAUCUUUAACAUUAGCAUUAUGUAAAAAGAGAGUGUUUUUUUAUGGAGGAGAUAAUGAUGCUGACCGUGACUUAAUGCUUACUAGUGACAGUAUUGGCAUGGAAGUGUAUUCCAGUUUAUCAGCACAACAGCCUAAGGGGGUCAGAGAUUAUUCCUACAAAGGAACAUUAGACUGAUUGCAGUUAGGGUAGCACUCUGCAUUUAGCAUGGUGCUUGGCAGAGUGGGUGUUCAAGGUCAGUUUACUGAAUGAAUAAACAAAUGAAUGCAAACAUUUAAAACUAUACAAUGCCAGAGUGGAAUUAAUUUAAGGCCAGAGACAAAAUUACUCUUCUGCUACUUUUACAGACUAGAGGAUCCUGAUUGCUCUGGGGAUGGAGAGCAGGAUAUGGACCAGUAGGGAUAGUGUGGCCUAGUGUAUUCAUCCCAUUGUUAUUUGGAAGAAUGAGGGAUGACUUCAGAGACCUAAACCCCUAUGAUGAUGCUGGCUAACACUGCUAGUCUUAGUCCAUAAAAUGGGAAAGAAAAACAUCUAUUUACUGCCAGAAAUGGUCUGCUCUAGCCAACCCUGGUGAAUUUUGAACUGAAUUCUAGCAAAUAUGUAUCUGAUAAUACAUAUCCUGCUUAGGGUCUUUUUGCUUAGAUGCCCACACAAAUAGAUCUAAUGUGUAUAGACAAUAGCUUGUUUUACUAUAGCGUUGUCCUCACCACAAUUUCCAGAACUACCAUCUUCCUGAAAUAUAUAAAUCCUAGAAAUUGUAAUCCCCAAAUAGUGAAAUCACACCCAAUAUUUUAUGGGUAGUCAGCAGUGUAAGACAGAGUCUAAAUCACUGCUAGAGUAGUCACACGUUCUUAAAACACACACACACACACACACACACACACACACACACACACAC